AUGGUGUUGUGGAUCGUUGUGGUGGGCUUCGCGGUGGCGCUGAGCACGUUUUUUCUUCUCGAGGCGGCGCUUGAUGGCCAGCCCGCUUUCGAUGAGGCGACGGUCUUGCGUCUCGGGAUCGCGCCAUCGGUCUUGUUUUUCGCCCUGUGCGGACCGGUGAUGAUUGUCCGGGCCGGGCUUUCGCCCAAUCGAAGGGGUCGGCGGUCGCGCUGGCCGCUGACGGCCCUCGUCGCGGCGGGCGCAUGGGCCGGCCUUGUCGGAAUCGUCGCGGUGGAAACGGGCCGGCUGAUCGCCGUCGCCUGA